AUGGAGAGAGAGCUGUUCAUCUUUGUAUGCGAUCGCCGAGAUGCCGGCAUCGCUGCCAGUAUAACAGAACUGCGCGUGCGGGCCAUGCAGAACAAGAGAGGUCAUGGAGUCACCAACUUUGGGCAUCGGUGGGAUGGGCUGUCCGAUUCAGGAACAGAACGACAAUCGAACAAAAACUUCCAUAGAACUAGUAUGAAAGCAGUGAAGGACGAAGGUGUUGGGAAUCACUUUGGAGUUCGAUACCGGAAUGGCCUUUUCCUACUUCUAAUGUCAUUCACAUUAAUGUCCUAUAUGAUGUGGUAUAUCGAGAGUUUUGACGGAAGUGUACGUCUAUACAGCCCAACUAUACUUCCAUAUAUGCAAAUACGUCCUGUUUUGCAUUCUACAAUGAAUGAUGUUACAAGCAGUGUUGCUUUCCCAACCACACGUACAAUCAAACCUUCUGUUUCACCUACGAGUGCUCCGGAAGCUCAAGUGAAUCCUCAUAAUUUUCGAUACAUUUUUCAUGGUAAUAACACAUGCAAAAGUAGAAAUAAGACAGAUGUGUUUUUAUUGAUUACCGUAUGUGUUGCCCCGGCUAACUUUAAACAUAGGGAAGUUAUAAGAAACACUUGGGGAUCGAUAGCCAAACACAAUCAGGAAGUAAGACUUAUAUUUCUUUUAGGCAAGAUUAACAAUGAAACAAUUCAAUUAAAAAUCAACAAGGAAAACACAGAAUUCGAUGAUAUUGUACAGGAAGAUUUCGUCGAUUCCUACAGAAAUUUAUCAUUGAAAUCAGUGGCGAUACUAAAAUGGACUAUGACAUAUUGCAGUCGGGUAAAAUAUGUUUUAAAAGCUGAUGACGAUGUGUUCAUAAAUGUUCCGUAUCUUAUCGGUGUAUUGAAGCAUAAACAUUUAACCAAUAGUGUGAUAGGGUUUGUAAAUCAUGGCGCUCGUCCUAUCCAAAACCCCGCCUCAAAGUGGUACACUCCACAACAUAUGUUCAAGGAAGCAGUCUACCCUCCAUAUACGAGCGGAACAGCUUACGUCAUUUCCAGUGAUAUUGUUUCUAAACUUUACCAUGCAUCGCUGAGAAUACCAUUAUUCUGGCUGGAAGAUGUGUAUAUAACUGGUUUGUGUAGAAGGAAGAUAGGUGCCGUCGCUGCACACGACAACGGGUUUACAUACUCCCACAGAUCACCGACGGGUUGCACCUACAAAAACACCAUAGUCGGUCAUGAUAACACACGAGAGGAAAUCAUGAAGAUAUGGCAGGAACUACACGAUCCCAAUUUGAAAUGUUGA